CUCUCCCUUAAUCCAGUUUCACAGCUACCUGCAGACUAGCAGCCUGUUGGCUAGUGAUGGGAAUCUAAUGGACGCAGAACGUGUCCACUUCUGCCAGGAGAUUCUGGAUCUGGCUCAGCGGCAAGCUAAUGGGCAAGAUGACUGGUUGGUGCUGCCCAUGGAUGGCUUUGUCCAACUGAAGAGGUUAUGCUUCAAUCCAGCAUGUGCUGUGGUGCAUGUCGGAGGGUACCUGGACAUUGAGCUGACUGUGAACAGCCUCAUGCCUCUCCCCAUGCACCUAGAUCAACUCUCCAUUCACCUGCACCUCACUGUGAGCAAAGACCCAUUCAAGAGAAGCAGCGAGUUUGGGAGCCGCAAUCGGAAUAUGAGUGGGAUCUUCCUGUUCCCAAGUGAGCCCAGUGGCCACGCCUUCCCCCGGAACAACCAGCCUUCCGUGGAGCUGUAUGAGCUUUAUGACCGGAGCCUGUCAGACAGCUCACUCAACUCCAGCGGCAUUAUCUGCAAGAACAUGCACCUACUGCUGCGGAGGCAGGAGAGCAGCAGCUCCCUCGAGCGACCCUCGGAACUGCCUCUGGACGAUUCUGCACACUCCUUACGCACCACCAAUAUCCUGCUGCAGCCAGGAGCCAACAUCAUACACUUCAGCACUCAGGCCAGUGCUUUUCCACCCCGCUGACUACAAUUCUGCAUUGCUCUUUGUAUAACCUGGUUAGGGAGGAGCUGGGCUGGGGGCCGCUGGCUGUGGAGGAGAUAGCUAGGGGAAAGAGAGACAAAGAG